GGCCGGAGUAAACAAAAGACUCGAACAAACAACAAAAGCCACUCAAUCCUUAAAUUGAGUGAAAAACAACAAAAGCCACUUCUCUUGAUUUCAUAUCUUCUCCUUCUCCUCAAGCUACCUCUCAACACUCUCCAAAAUGGCCAUAAAAUGUCAGAUGAUUACAGGGUUAAGCUUAAAGAUGCCACCAGCUUCUGCCCCUUCAACUUCUACUCAUUUAUGCAUUAUCAAGACUUCUUUUUUAAGUGGUGGGGUAGCUUCUAAAGUCACAAAGUUACAGAGUGUUUCUAGUCAAUUGAAAUGUAGUAGACAGGGUCGAGGUGCUCUUGGUGCUCGCAUGAACCUUUUUGACCGAUUUGCUAGGGUUGUAAAGUCCUAUGCAAAUGCAGUCAUAAGUUCCUUAGAGGACCCAGAAAAGGUAUUGGAACAGACAGUUAUAGAGAUGAGUGACGACUUAAUAAAGAUGCGACAAUCUACAGCUCAAGUCUUGGCAUCUCAAAAGAGACUGGAAAAUAAAUAUAAAGCUGCACAGCAAGCAUCUGAAGACUGGUACCGAAAAGCUCAGCUAGCUCUUCAGAAAGGAGAAGAAGAUCUUGCACGUGAAGCUCUUAAGAGACGUAAAUCUAAUGCUGACAAUGCUACUGCUUUGAAAGCCCAAUUUGAUCAACAGAAGGUUGUUGUGGAGAGCCUGGUCUCCAAUACACGGCUUCUGGAGAGUAAGAUACAGGAGGCAAAGUCUAAGAAAGAUACACUAAAAGCUCGAGCCCAGUCUGCCAAAACUGCAACCAAAGUGAAUGAGAUGUUAGGGAGUGUGAAUACCAGUAGUGCUCUAGGAGCUUUUGAGAAGAUGGAAGAGAAAGUCCUAGCAAUGGAAUCACAGGCUGAAGCACUAGGGCAACUAACUACUGAUGAUUUGGACGGGAAGUUUGCAAUGCUAGAGACCUCAUCAGUUGACGAUGAUCUUGCAAAUUUGAAAAAAGAACUAUCUAGUAGCUCAAAGAAAGGAGAGCUACCUCCGGGAAGAACAGUUGCUUCCAGCACAAAGACAAGCUCUCCCUUCCAAGAUUCAGAAAUCGAGAAAGAGCUGAAUGAGUUGAGACAGAAGGCCAGGGACUCCUGAUAGAUAUUUUUAACAUGGCUGGAGUACAAAUCUUGGAUUUAUGAAGCAAUGCAACACACUAGAGACGAGGUUCAUUUUGUUGACCGUACAAAUCUGUAUAUCGAAAUAUUAAAUUGUGAACAAUUAACAUAUUGUAGAUUGUAGGCUUCAAAGGGACAAUUGAAAUGAACAGGAGAUGUGAUAUUAUAGUUGAGUGUUGAAAAUUGAAAGUGAAUUUGGCAA